ACCGCUCAGCGCCGAAGACACACUGCGGAACGCGCCCCGGAGACAGGACGACUUCUUCCGGGUAAAGGCGGUAUUGGAGGAGUAAGCCCCUUGUCCGAACUCUGGCAAUUGACCCUGCACGAGGCCCGGGCCGGAUUGGACUCCGGGUCUUUCAGCGCCGUGGAACUAACCAGGUCCUGCUUUGACCGGAUAGCCCAGGUGGAGGACCGGGUCAAGGCCUACGUCACCCUUACCGAAUCCCACGCCCUGCAGCAGGCGGAGGAAGCUGACCGGUUGCUGGCUGCUGGUAGUGGUGGCCCCAUGACCGGCAUUCCGGUGCAGGUCAAGGACCUGAUCUGCACCAAGGGCAUUCUCACUACCUGCUCGUCCCGCAUGCUGGAAAACUACGUGCCGGUGUACGACGCCACAGUAUCGGAAAAGCUGUUCGGCCAGGGCGCCGUCCUUUUGGGUAAGGGCAACAUGGACGAGUUCGCCAUGGGCUCGUCCUGCGAAAACUCUGCCUUCUUUCCCACCCACAAUCCCUGGGACCUGAAUCGCGUGCCAGGCGGCAGCAGUGGAGGCGCCGCGGCCUCGGUGGCCGCCGAUGAAACCAUCGUUGCCUUGGGCUCGGACACCGGGGGCAGCAUUCGUCAGCCGGCUUCCCUGUGCGGCGUGGUGGGCCUGAAGCCCACCUAUGGACGGGUCAGCCGGUACGGCCUCGUGGCGUUUGCUUCGUCUCUGGACCAGAUUGGGCCCGUGGGCAAGGACGUGAUGGACUGUGCCAUCACCCUCAACGCCAUCGCUGGUUACGACUCCAGGGACUCCACGUCCCUGAACCUGCCGUCCACUGACUUCACAGCGGGGCUGACCGGCGACAUUAAAGGAGUCAGGAUAGGCAUUCCCAGGGAAUACUUUGUAGAGGGAAUGGAGCCGGGAGUUCGCUCGGCCGUGGAAACGGCUAUCAAGGAACUGGAGGGCUUGGGCGCCUCGGUGGAACCCGUGUCCUUGCCCACCACCGAAUACGCCCUGGCCUGCUACUACAUCAUCGCCCCGUCUGAGUGCUCGGCCAACCUGGCCCGCUACGACGGCGUGAAAUUCGGCUAUUCCUACCAGGACACCCCGGAUAUGUGGAAGGCCAUGGAAACCACCCGCCAACUAGGGUUUGGGCCGGAAGUGAAGCGACGAAUUAUGCUGGGCACCUACGCCCUGUCCGCCGGCUACUAUGACGCCUACUACCUCAAGGCCCAGCAGGUGCGCACCCUCAUUCGCCAGGACUUUGACCGGGUCUUCGAACAGGUAGACGCCCUGGUGACACCCACUUCGCCGGUAGUUGCUUUCCCUUUGGGGGAAAAGAUGGCCGACCCGCUGCAGAUGUACCUGAUCGAUGUCUGCACCCUGCCCAUCAACAUCGCCGGCCUGCCAGCUAUGUCUGUACCCUGCGGCUUUUCCGAGGGACUGCCGGUGGGGAUGCAGCUUAUCGGCCCCCACCUGUCCGAGGAGCGCCUGCUGAACAUGGCCUAUGCUUACGAGCAGGCCACCGAGUGGCACAAGGCCAGGCCGGGGAUUUAG